GGGGUCAAAAGUAAUCUCCUUUGAAAAAAGAAAAUGACUAAAUUACAUUUCAGUCGACAGAGGACCUUCGGAACCUUAAAAAUAAUAAAUAAAGAAAGAAAGAAAAAGAAAAUCUACCAAUCAAAACAACCAACAAACUAGUGAAGGCAAAGCUUCGCUUGUUUAGUUAUAAUUUUGUUGAGCGACGAAGCUUAGAUAUUCUUUUGUUUGUGCUUAUGAUGCGUCGCUCUGCUUGUGCAUCCAAAAAAACGGGUCAACCCAAUUCAACCAACCCGAUUUCCUGUUCUCCCUCCGAUCUCUUUCGCACCGCUUCAAGUAAGGCAUCUUCAAAAGAGAUGGAGCGGAUUGACAACCUAUUUUAUUCUUUUGCCAAUAGGUCUUCUGGUAUGAUUGACCCAGAAGGGAUUGAGAGUCUGUGUUCAGACAUGGAAGUUGAUCACACAGAUGUUAGGAUCUUGAUGCUUGCCUGGAAAAUGAAAGCCGAAAAACAAGGAUACUUUACCCUGGAGGAAUGGCGACGAGGAUUAAAAGCACUGAGGGUUGAUACUGUAAGUAAAUUAAGGAAAGCCCUCCCUGAGCUAGAAAAAGAGGUCAGGAGACCAUCAAACUUUGUGGAUUUCUAUUCCUAUUCAUUCUGCUAUUGCCUGACAGAGGAGAAACAAAAGAGUAUAGAUAUAGAAAGCAUAUGUCAAUUGUUGGAUCUUGUUUUAGGAUCCCAAUUCCGUGCACAGGUUGACUAUUUUAUUGAGUAUUUGAAGAUUCAGAGCGAUUAUAAGGUCAUAAACUUGGAUCAAUGGAUGGGCUUUUUUCGAUUCUGCAAUGAGAUAAGUUUCCCAGACCUUAGUAAUUAUGAUCCAGACCUCGCUUGGCCGUUGGUCCUGGACAAUUUUGUAGAAUGGAUGCAGGCGAAACAGAGCUAAUGUCUUAUUAGCUUUGGUCAACUUGAUUCUCAGCUGUAAACUCCAGUAUUAAAGCAGGAAUGUCCGAAUUGCAGAACCAUGCUAUCCAGCUGAUCUUUUAUAUCUUUUUACAUCAAAACAUGAAGGUCUUCUCCAAAACUUACCUUCCAAAAUUACUUUCUUUGUGUUACAAAUAUGCAGGAGACAAUCUUAAUAUGUUUAAUCGUAUUUCUGUCUUCAUAUUCAAAACUGUUGGAUUAUGAUGUUAUAUUAUGAACAAAAUUAUUUAUGAGAUUAAAGAGAUGUUAGGUCUAUCUGAUUUUUUUUUUUAUCCCAUUUAUAUAAAUUCAGCUACGUUUCCCAAGAAAGUAAUUUGUUUCUUGCAUAGAAUAUCUUGGUGGAACUAGCAACAAGCUAUUACAUGACAAAAUCUCCCUGCAAUUGGUUCCCCUGUCUCCUCAAUCUGUUGUGACAGGUAUUGGCUUCAUUGUAGGCGUGCAAGCUAAUGAUGCUAAACACCUGCAGCCGUUGAGGUUUGAGGAUGAUCCUUAAAGGAUGGAUUGUAGCAACAUUUUUCUGAUUAUCACAUCAUCCACUCAAAAAGUCGUUUGAUCAACCAAAUUGGUCAUAUUUCUUUCAUACAGCACUGUCAAGAUCAUCCUCAUUGUCUAAGGUAUAUAUAUAUAUAUAUAUCAUAAAACACUACUAUUUAUGUGCCUAUAUUGGACAACCAUCAGCAACCAGCAUUAUGAGUUAAAAAACUUCCUUAGGGCACUUCCGAACAAGCUUUUGGGCGUCGUGUUUGGUCAGUAUAGUGUGUACAUGAAGUGUACCUUUCCUGCUGUUUGCAUGUAUAGAAACAGCUCUGCCUGCCUCGCAUGCUCAUGCCUUGAUAAGAUUUAUGCUUGAUGGCAACAUAUCAUGCUUAUGAAAAGGACCUCAAAUUUGUCAUGGGUAAUCAAACUUGAGGUAACCCUUUUUGGCGCAUAUGAUUUGGAUUUUAACCAAAUGCAAAAAUAAUGCACAAAUUGGAUGCUUUUCCUUGUGCCCAUAUGUCUGCUUGUAUCCAUAUAUUUAAAGACAAGUGUGGUCAUCUCAAUAGGAGUAAGCUUUGAUGGUGUUCUUGUGCUGUAAAGUUUGCCAUUUGCUUCAGAUAACUGCUUGGUGCUCAAUUGAAAAGAAAGAGGACAUUUAUUUGUGGAGGA